CAGCAUGUGGACGGGCCGUGGUGCUGCUGCGUUGCCACCGACAGGAGGGACUGUGGCUCUGCAGUGUGGUCGCGAGCCGCACAGCUGGAACAUCAACAGAGGGGCUGGCACGCGGUCCAACUGCGACCAGAUGCUCCGACGCACAGCCGCAUCCACAACUUGGCUUCGUGUGCGCCAGGAGGGGAGGCGACCGCGUUGUAGGGUUAAUGUGCCGUAAAAAAAGAACAACAACAACAACAACCGCAUAGCUCAGAAACAGGGGAGCAGGAACCGGGGGCAGCUCUUCACCGAUGAGGUCCAGUGGGUUUCUGUCAUCGCCUCGUCGCUCGUACCACAGGACCCGGUGCUGCCACUUGGUGAACCAAAGAGUUCGGCGGUGCCGGUGAUGUAACGGUCUUCUCCUCAGCGCUCACUCCUCAACUGUUCAUCACUGUAGCCUCUCCUCUCAGAGCAUGGGGCCCCUCAAACUCUGAAGCAAGAGGCGAGAGAGUCAAACCAAUCACAGGGAAACGAGGGGAAAGACGAAGAGGGAAGGAACAAUGGAGUCCACAUUAUCGGAGCAGUCGGCCACUGUGGACGAGCUGGUGGAAGCCUGCAUCAGAGCCUUUGAUGAGAAGGGCACAUUGAAGGAUGCUUCCUUGGUGCGUAUGUUCCUCAUGAUGCACCCUUGGUACAUCCCUUCAACGGACAUGGCUAAGAAGCUGGUGCUCAAAUCACAAGAGGAGAGCUGCACUGCUGGGCGCCGAACAAGAAUCUGUCACCUUUUAAAGUACUGGAUCUCUGAGUUUCCAGCGGAGUUCAAUCUGAGCCCGGAGCUGGCUGACCAGAUCAAAGACUAUAAAGACCUCUUGAACACCGAGGGCAAUGAGAGCCAGAGUCAGCUCAUUGACCUCGACAGUGUGCCAUCGUAUGAAUGGAAGCGGCAGGUGACCCAGCGCGUCCCCUCAGUGUCCAAAAAGAGGAAAAUGUCCCUCCUGUUCGACCACCUUGACUCCUGUGAACUGGCCGAACACCUGACCUACCUGGAGUACAAAUCCUUCUGCAAGAUCCUGUUUCAGGACUACCACAGCUUUGUGAUGCAGGGCUGCACGGUGGACAACCCCAUCCUGGAGCGCUUCAUCACGCUCUUCAACAGCGUCUCCCAGUGGAUCCAGCUCAUGGUGCUCAGCAAGCCCACCGCCCCGCAGAGAGCUGCUGUCAUCUCCCACUUCAUCAGGCUGGCACAGAAGCUGCUCCAGUUGCAGAACUUCAACACGCUGAUGGCGGUGGUGGGCGGCCUCAGCAACAGCUCCAUCUCUCGCCUCAAAGACACGCAGAGCCACAUCAGCGCAGAGACCAACAAGGUUUUUAACAACCUCAUUGAACUGGUGACAUCAUGUGGGAACUACAGCCAGUACCGCAAGCGCUUCUCCGAGUGCUCCGGCUUCCACUUCCCCAUCCUCGGUGUGCACCUCAAGGACCUGAUAGCCGUGCACGUGGCGCUGCCAGACUGGGCCGACAAGGAGAAGACGCGGGUCAACCUGGCCAAGACCCAGCAGCUGUACGCCAUCCUGCAAGAGCUGGCGCUCAUCCAGACCACGCCGCCUAACGUCGACGCCAACACGGACCUGCUCAACUUGCUCACGGUAUCUCUGGACCAGUACCACACAGAGGAGGAGAUCUACCAGAUGUCCCUACAGAGAGAACCACGGAAACCAGUGCCGAACUCCAGCCCCGGCCCCGCGCAGCCUGACCCCAAGCCCACGAUGAUCGACGAGUGGUCCGUGUCGGUGAAGCCCAACGCCGACCCGACGCUCAUCAAGAAGCACAUCGAGAAGAUGGUGGAGUCCGUCUUCAAGAACUUCGAUACGGACGGCGACGGCAACAUCUCCCAGGAAGAAUUUGAAGCCAUCAGGAACAACUUCCCUUACCUCAGCAAGUUUGGAGAACUGGACAAGAACCAGGAUGGGAAGAUCAGCAGGGAGGAGAUGGUCGACUACUUCAUUAAAGCCAGCUCUCUUCUUAACUGCAAGAUGGGCUUCAUCCACACUUUCACUGAGAACACCUACGUCAAGCCCACAUUCUGUGAACACUGCGCCGGCUUUAUUUGGGGUUUCUACAAGCAAGGCUACAAGUGUAAAGCCUGCGGGGUGAACUGCCACAAGGCCUGCCGGAGCCGCCUGGCCGUCGAGUGCCGGAAGAGGACCAAGAGCAUCAGUCACGAGACGCCGCCGGCUCUGCAGGCCAGAUCCUAUAGCUUCCCUCCACCUGCCAACACCCCGCCCAGCCUGCAGAACACAGUGAUUGCCGAGGAGGAUAUAGAGUCGGUGGAGGAAGGUGUGUUUGAUGUCCACCUAUAACCAGUUGGUGUGCAGGAGGCCAAAUCAGUGACCGUCCAUCAGGGGGAGCCAGACGCGGAACGUGCUGCAGUAUGUGAGUCUGGCAGCACCCCCACACUGAGGAGAAAUUGCGCUGAACACCAGUCAGGAUACCUACACGGUGCCACACGGUGGACAAACGCCGCAACUGCAACCCCACUCCGGCUGACUCACACGAAUGUGAAGACCAAUGUGAAUGGAACGGUCUUUGUAUGUCAAAUCUCUACAUUUUGAUCCCAUGCCGACCAAGUGUUUGUGUAAAUCUCACUAUAUAUUCUAAAGAAAAGAGAAAUAAAAUCCACAAUAUUGUAUUUUCCUAUGUUAAAGUCAGAGGAGUUUAAUUUGAGCUCACUUUGCUGCAGAUUGGAACGGCUGUCUACUUUUUUUCUUUUUUCUUUUAAGACACAAUAGAGGUGCUGUCAUUGCCAAGAAUGUAAACAUAUUCCCAGACUAAGCUGCUGUCUCCUUCAUCUGAGAAUCUCUGCUUUUUAUUGCUCGCCGGCUUGUUUUGAAAUUACAAUUUUCGAUGUCAAUUAAAAAAAGAAAGAUUGAUUUGGGGUGGUGACGACAAAAGCGGCCACUUUCCAAACAAACCAAGGCGACCACGUGGACAGUUAUAAUGAUGGUGGACUUUGAUCGGCGUCAUGUUUCUGUUCAUGUUCAUCCUGAAUAUCUGGAACUGUCCCGUGGUUGUUUCCCGUUGUGAUGUUUUCGGUAUAUGCAGUUCUGUCUCGUACCAGUGCACUGGCAAUCUAUGCUCUCGCAGUACCGUCAAUGUAGCGGUGACGGUGGCACGCUGCUGUCACAUGAAGAACCUGAGAGAGAGAGAGAGAGAGAGGGAAAACGUGGCUCCUGAACGUGCUCCGUCAGUCGAGAUACAAUAAGCAAACGCAUAAUACCCAAACUGGAGUAAUGAGGCUUUUUCAUUUGACAGCAGCGUCUAUAAAAAAACAUUACCCUGAGAAAUCUGUGUUGAUGCAAGUUGUAUUACGCUGUUUUUUUAUCCCGCAUGCUUCUCUCCUUUAUGGCUCCAUUCUGUGGCCAGACGUCUCUGUUACUGAGGAUUUCUUCUUUUCUGUUUUUUUUUUAUUUUUUAUCUAGCAUGCCAAGUUAUCAUUUAUUUAGGAAACGUGAGGUCUUGAAAUUCCUGCCAGAGGGAAUGUUUGUGUUGCUUUGUGCCUGCGCCGAGAUGAAUUCAGACUUCGAGUGCCAUAUUGUUAACUGCUGGUUUGUCAUUGAUUGAGACUCAUCCCACUGCUGGUAUUUAUUUUUUCUGUAUAAAGAGCUAAAUAGCUGCCGGGUCCUUCUGUGUCGCUCCCCGCCUUACGAAAGAUGUUCGCUGUUGCUCUGAGAAUGAAUCUUUCCGACUGAUUUCCCUGCUGCUCCUUGUAGUCUCCAGAUGACUCGUCAGUAUUAAAUGGAGGCGUCUUUCCAAAA